AUGAAAAUGUCAUCGCUGUCCAACUUGAAGCGGACGGCAGCCCCUCUCAUCCACCGACUUCCACCCGAAAUCCUGUUAGAGGUGGUCUCGAUCCUGCUUGACAAGAACUCAAGGAACAUGAUUUUCCCUUCUCAUGUCUGUCGUCUCUGGCGCAGGUUAAUCAUCCAGUCAGCUUUGCUGUGGACUUGCAUCGUCCUCGGUGACCGCAACGAGUAUGGUGUUAGUUCCUACCUCCUCGCCGUCUUUGAAAGAGCCCGCGAACACCCAAUGUCACUUUCGAUCACUCCCGAUAACGACCAGCGGGAUCCAUAUGGACUCCUCGAAGACGUUAUACUUAUGUCGCCGAUAGAAUGCAAAUGGAGGUCAAUAUCCUAUACAAGCGACAAGAUAGAAGAUUUCACUUUCUUCUUCAAAGACGACAUCGACGUUUCUCACCUCGAGGUUUUCUCUUUCACUUGCCGCAAGCGUGGCUAUGGAUCCAUCGAGUGGGACCUGCCAGAAGGGGUGGUAGAUUUCCGGCCAUUUACAAAACUGCGGUCGCUCACCCUCGACUUCACCCAACGCCUAGUGCCCGCUAAGGUGUUCGCUCCGUGGGACCAGUUAACAGACCUCACAAUUACUUCCAGAAUAUAUGCCGACCAAUAUUUGAUCAUCCUUCGCCAAUGCGUCAACCUGGAAAAAUGUUGUCUCCGUCCAGCGAUUCGCAGCGAAGAUGACUCGGAUAUAGAGUCGGACGAAGACGAAGAAAAGGAUAACCAAGAGCCUCUCUUAUUUAGAAAACUCAGGCGACUCGAAGUUGCAACUGACGCGCCCCUUACUUUAAUCCCUUCUCUUCUUGAGUGUCCCGCACUCGAAGAAGCGAUUAUACACUAUGAAGUGGAGGAGGAGGAAGGCGAGUGCAACGAGCUAAUGUCACUUCUUCGACGGUGUGGCAAAACGCUACGCAAGGUUCAACUUCCUGGACUCGCCUGUUACGAUUUCAAGUACAUCCAACAAGAAUUGUCGACGCUGGAAGAUCUCACUAUUUCCGGUUCAAUGGGGUGGCCGAGUUUCGACAAACAUAACGAAGAUUCUGACCAUGAGCGGAACGCCUACAAGGAUGGAACAAGGUCGUUUUUAGAGCCACUCAUCGCCCACCCUGAAUAUCUCCCUCAACUCAAGACCCUUCGGAUCAUCAACCAACGUAUCGAGGAAAGGGUUCUGUUGGAACGUUUACUCUCCCGUUUUGUGGAGGCACGUCUGUCGACGAAGAACGGCGGUUCUGAGCUUCAAGAAGUUGUUUUUGGGUUGGACAAGGUGGCUAGCCAGGAACAGAGAGCACGCAGGAAAAAAUGGAGUCAGUGGAGGAAUAACGGUGUUCGGAUGAAAUUCAAUUAG